CGGCAGCAUGCGCUGUUUGACUACAGGCUCUGAUGAUGUGGAUUCAUCACACUGCUCGCUGAUCCGUUCGCUGAUUCAAACUGCGUAACCCGCCUGUCUGUUGCAGCUGAUGACCUAUGACAUGGCUGGCGAAUGGCAGUCCACAACGGGCCAUCAAGCGCCUCUGUAUUCAACUGCCGGAGGUGCCUCGGUCGAUAGCACUGUCUCGACCUAUCUCUCUCGCAGCUGUCCCUCCAACAAGCUUGUCAUCGGCAUUCCGUUCUAUGGCCAUGCCUGGUUUGGCGUGGCCGAUGGCGGAACCCACGGCCUCGGUCAAGCCGGCACUGCCCCGACUGUCUCGCUGAACUGGGCCUAUUCCAACAUCGCCGCAGAUACCACCUAUUCGGCUUACUGGGACAGCCAAGCCUAUGCCAGCUACGGAUACAGUGCGGCCGAGCUGCGCUUUGUAACUUUCGAUGACACACAGGCAAUCACAGCCAAGGCUCGUUACUCGAACGCCAAGAAUCUCGGUGGCUUUAUGGUGUUUUCUGUCAAUGACGAUUCUUCUUCAAACACCCUGCUGUCCGCGCUCCCCGGCCGCUACGCUGGAUGCUACGUUGAUGGUUCCACUCGUGUCCUGUCGUACUAUGCUGGGCAAUCGUCCUCGAUGACGCUUCAAUUCUGCUCAAACUUGUGCUACAGCAGCGGAUACAAAUUGUACGGCGUCGAGUACAGCAGCGAGUGCUAUUGUGACAACAGCGUCGUCUCGGGCACUGCUGGCGGCAACGGCGGAGUCGCCGGCACCUUGGCUCCGAGCAGCGACUGCAACAUGCCCUGCAGUGGAAGCUCUAGUGACAUGUGCGGCAGCGCUUGGAGGAUCUAUGUCGACCUGGCUGUUGCCAGCUCUGCUCAAGUCCCCGGUUGCUUCGUCGACGGCAGCAGCCGCGUCCUCUCUGGAUACAGUACGACAUUGAGCUCGAUGACUCCAUCUUCGUGCAGUCAAAUCUGCGCCGGCAAGUCUUUCAAGUACUAUGGCAUUGAGUAUGGAUCCGAAUGCUACUGCGGCAACUCCAUCAACACCGGUAGCGCCGGUGGUAGCGGUGGGAUCGCUGGUACCAAUGUUGCUACUUCCCAGUGCAACAUGGCAUGUUCUGGUGAUUCCACCCAGACCUGUGGUGCUGCGUGGCGGGUGUGGGUCGCUCUGGUUUCUUCGACACCGGCGCCUCCGCCUCCGCCCCCACCUCCGCCGCCGCCUCCUCCAACCAACAAUCCGAUUCCUGGAUGCUACAUCGACGGUUCGGCCCGAGUUUUGAAGGACUUUUAUACGCAAUCCUCCUCGAUGACGCCAGCAACCUGCAACAGCUUCUGCGCCAGCAAGGGAUCCACGUACUACGGCGUUGAAUACGGAGUGGAAUGCUACUGCGGCAGUACCAUUACUUCUGGUUCAGCCGGCGGCAACGGCGGCACCACUGGAACCAACGUGGCCUCGAGCCAGUGCAACACGGCUUGUGCUGGCGACUCGACUCAGACCUGCGGCGCUGCAUGGAGAGUUUGGAUCGCCCAAGUCACUGUCGCCCCGCCUCCGACCAAUCCCGUUCCCGGCUGCUAUAUCGAUGGCUCGGCUCGUGUUUUGGCCGACUACAGCGAGGUCUCGAGCUCUAUGACUCCCGCAGUUUGCAACAGCUUCUGUUCGAGCAAAAAGUACUACGGCCUGGAGUACGGCUCGGAGUGCUACUGUGGCAACACCAUCACCUCUGGCUCAGCCGGCGGCAACGGCGGCACCACUGGCACCAACGUUGCCUCGAGCCAGUGCAACAUGGCUUGCUCUGGCGAUUCGACCAAGACCUGCGGUGCUGCAUGGAAAGUGUGGAUUGCAACGGUUGCAUAAUUGUCGUUUGUGCUUGUGCCUGUGGGGCGUGAGAUUUGAGAGUGUCCAGCAGUGGUACAGCCUGUUCGAACGAUGUAAGAGUGUGUUUGCUAGGUGGUACUCGCAUCAACACUCUAUGCUAUUGGUUUCGGAGCCGCAGUAUUUGAAUACAGCUGGUCGAUCCUUGUCGCGACUAUCGAUCGGCACAGAUACCACGAUGCGGGAGUGUCGC